CUUCAGACAGCUGCUCCGAGUCCCGUGCCGGAGGCGUCCAGCCGGCUCUCCCGAGUCCCUGCAUAUUGCCUCCUUGCCCAACCUCGUUGAGCGGAAGUCGGCAUCAGGGGUCCAGCAGUGGUGUAGGGCCUCCAAGCUGCUCUGUGGUGACCUCUGCGCUGCGGGGAGCCGUUGCGUUUGGCGGAGCAGGGCCGUGCGUGGUCGUACAUAAGCAGCCUGCAGCCGCGCCGCUACGACGCGUACCGCAUGACCCUUGGCAAAACGCCGCUCCCGGCUGACCUUUCGAGCCUGCCUCCCGACCACACCAGCAACACUCGACGACGCAACACCAUGGCGCCGCCCGCCGCCGGAAGGACGCCUCAGGCGCCCGGAGCACCGCUGCUCGUGGCUUGCACGGCGGCGCUGGCGGGCGCGUACUGGCUCGGUACCUCGCCGCUGCAGCUCCGCACGGCCGGCGUCUUGGUGGCGGCGUCGCGUGUGCUGCCGCUGCUGACACGCCCGGUGCUGGCGCCGACGUCCGCCGUGCUGCUGUUGCACGCCGGCAUCAAGGCGCUGGGCUAUGCCGUGCCACCUCUGGCUGUCGUCUUGCCGGCCUGCCUCUUCUUCCUCGUGGCGCGCCUCGACCUGCCGCAGCCGCCCGGACGCACCGUCACGACGCUGAUCCUGACGCCCGGCGCGCCCUUCACCGUCGGCCCCUUCAGCUGGCUCGCCGGUCUUCGUGCGCACUUCGGAUGGCAACGCCACGUCUUGCAGCGCACAAAGCUCGGCAAGACGGCGGAGAUCUUCGAGGACACGGACUUCCACUGGGGCCUCGACAAGGAGAGUGGGCGGCGCAAGCAGCCCGAGAACGGCGAGCUCGUCCGCAGCUGGGACCGCAUCGUGGUCUGGGAUGACGACUGCCCGCCGCUCGACGUCUUGGAGGAGUGGCGCUCGAUGGCCGACGAGCCAGCUGACGCAGCAGUCCGCGCGCUGUCGGCGCAUGCAGUGAAAGGCGACGCUCUUUCCGCCCUUGCGAACGCGCUGCAAGAUCCAGAAGCGCCAGGCGAGCUGCGCUCUGCGGCCCAAGCUCUCUUCGCGUCAUGCGCUCGCAGGCCGCCGCCCGGCGCCGGAGCGCUCAGCCUCGACUACUACGCGAAGCGCAAGGGCGCUGCCGCGGCCAGCAAGACGGAGGCUCCGGGAUACGAGUCGUGGGAUACGGUGACGAAGCUGGCACGGGAGGACAUGGAGGCUGAAGAGGCGGCAGACGAGGAGGAGCUGCGCGAGGAGGCGCGCAUCAUCGACGAGGGCCAGAAGGUGUACUACCGCUACGGCCCGCCGAUCCUAGUCUCGCUGCUGCACAUGGGCCUGUCCGGCGGCUUCGCGUCUGCGCGCAUCAGCGCCGUUCUGACUGCAACAGACUACCUCAUGCCGCGCGUGGCGGCCAAUGCGGCGUCCGGACGUAUGAUGACCGAGGCCGCCGCCAACCGCACCUUCGUCCGCCUGCUCGAGACGAACGUGUGGAACCUCGACGUCAUGGACCGGCCGGCGAACUUGCGCCCGCCGUCGGAGCGCUCUCAAGACAGCGUGUCGCUGGACAGUGCCGGCGCCGGCUGGGUGUCGAGCGCACGGGUGCGCCUGCUGCACGCGAACGUGCGCCUUCAGUGCGCGCGCAGAGGGACGAGCUCGGACGCCAUCAAUCAGGAGGACCUCGUGGCGACGCUGUGCGCCUUCGCCAUCGUGCCGCUGUGGAGUCUUUCGCGUAUGGGCAUCGAGCUGUCCGAGCAGGAGCGGCAGGACUACGUCGCCGUGUGGCGCCACGUCGGCUUCUACAUGGGCUGCCAUCCAGCGCUGCUGCGCCGCACGUUUCGCGACGCAGGCACCGCCGAGCGCUUCUUCUGGUCGGUGGCGUGCCACCACUUCAUGGACGUCACGCCAGCGCGUCUCUGGGAUGCGCCGCCGCCGUUGCGAGGCGACGAGGUGCCGGUCGGCGCAAAGACGGGCCCAGCGCUGCCGCUGCUCUACGCCAUGUCCAACCGGCCACCGUCGGGCAUGAGCUUCGCGGCGAACUGCGCGCUCGCCCGCUUCCUCAUCGGCCCGUCACUCUCCACGGCGCUGCACUUGCCGAGUUACACGGCCUGGCGCGCAGUGCGGCUGCGCAUCGCGCUCUUCGUUCUCAUUCUGCCGCCGCUCUUCGCACGCGCCUACCGACAAGCCUGGGGCGACGAGCUGCGCGUCAACUGCCAGAUCGUGCUGCGGCGCCUCGUGCUGUGGAGCCUGAAGCAGCAGGGCAGCCGCAAGGCCACGUUCCGCACCAAGACGACCGACGAGGCACACAACGCCGACGGCGAGGAGAUCGAGCUCGACCCCGCCGAGGGCCAGCGCAUGGUCAAGGCGUACCGCAGCCUGCUGCGCGAGAUGGGCCUCGUGCUGGCGUGCGGCGGCGCGGCUGGCGGCUGGCUCGCCUGGCGCGUCCUCUCCGCAGCGCUCCGCCAGUGACGAGGCUGGCGUCGUGACUCGACCCCUGCUGCUGUACACUACACCCAUACCGCCCAAUCUAGACGAGCCAG